AUGAUAGCUGCGUGGGCAGUGCGCCACUGUGACUCUGCGCAGGCGCCGGCACUGGGCAUGCGCGUCGUGGGGAGUCGUUCUUUUGAACUGAUCAUUUGGAAGAUCAACUCCUUUGGAGUCGGGCGGGUUCAUGGUGCAGAAAACGACACGAGCUCUCCUGACGAUGAAAAAGCUUUGCGACAGUUAGAAUGGGAGGAAGAAAACCAGGAGGAUGAUGACCCCGGGUUAUGGUCAGCAUGGUCAGCCUGGUCACAGUGUUCCAGAACUUGCGAUGGAGGCGCCAUCUUCCAGAUUCGAUCCUGCAACUCCGUGUCACGGUGCAAGGGGUCUCCCGUGCGCUAUAAGAUCUGCAAUAUGCAGCCGUGCCCUGACAACGUAGAGUUCAGAGAGUUGCAGUGUGCCUCGUUCAACAGUGUUCCUCACCGUGGCCAGCUGCUGACGUGGACCCCGCACUACGACGACGACCACCCCUGUGCUCUCAUAUGUAGAGCUCACUCCGGAGAAGUGUCUCAACUAGCUGCCAGUGUCAGAGAUGGCACUCGCUGCAGACCGGGUAGCUUGGACAUGUGCAUUGAUGGGAAAUGUCAGAGGGUUGGGUGUGACCUUGAGAUAGGCUCUGGCAAGAAGGUGGACGAAUGUGGAGUCUGCGGAGGAGAUGGGUCAUCCUGUGCACAGCCUCUGUACCACUGGGCCGAGGCUCCUGUGUCUCUGUGUUCCGUCUCCUGUGGAGGGGGAUACAAGAUGUCACAAGCAGUUUGUCGCAACAGAGUCACCGGAGCCGAUGUCGACUCUCAGCUGUGCAACGCAUCUCAGCAGCCAGAACCUCAAGUUGUGGAGUGCAAUACCCAUCGCUGUCCUCCCAAAUGGUUGACGGAAGACUGGGGUCGCUGCACUGUCACUUGUGGAGGAGGUACACGACAGAGAAGCGUGAUCUGUACUGAGGAGGCUAACGGAACAAGGGCUAAGGUUCCAGAUCAUUUCUGCCGAGGUCAUCGUCCGAGGUCGGUAGAACCGUGUAAUUCAACACCGUGUCCUCCAACAUGGGUGACUGGGGAUUGGUCCGGGUGUUCCGUAUCGUGUGGAGAAGGAGUUCAAACUCGUAACGUGAGUUGUCGGAUAUCCCGAUAUGACAAACCGGGCUCAACAUCCUGCAAUGAGGCAACUCAACCCAGCUCUGUUCAGCCUUGUAACACUGGCAUUACUUGUCCAGAAGAGUCAGACUCAGAACCUAUUCCGGACAUAGACGAAGCAAUGCCCCUACUGCAUCCUUACCCUCCAUUCAGACCCACGGCAGAGAAGCUAGUGGGAGAGCAGCUGUCACCCUCCUCUGAACCUAACACCAAUUGCUCCCUGCAAGUACGACUAGCUAACGAAGAAGUUCCGUUAUGGUUUUUCAGCCCAAUCAAAAUGUUCUUUGGGUGCGGCUGGUUAUAUGUGAGUUUCAUAGCGGGGUCCUGGGGUCCGUGUAGCGUCACCUGUGGGGAAGGCUCGCGGUCUAGAAAGGUGAAUUGUAAGAUUUAUCUCGACUUCUCUCGAACUUACGCAACCCUUCCGGACUCCAAGUGUCAGGGUCCGAAACCAGCUGAGACUGAAAGAUGUUCGGAGCAGCCAUGCUCAUUCUCAAACAGUGUGGACACUGUACGGGAUGGCUAUGGAGAUCUGUCUUACGCAGACACGUAUCGCAGUGGUAGUUACAGCGAUACAAAUAUCAGAGUGGCACCUGGAAGUUCGGGCAAAACAUACUCAUGGAAGGAGCAAGGAUUCACCCAUUGCAGUGCAUCAUGUCUUGGAGGUGUGCAAGAAUCAGUGAUCCUCUGUGUGAGAAACGAAGACCAAAAAUCAGUCAGCCCUUACCUUUGUCCGCAAGAAACGCGGCCGGAAAUCCUGAUAAAGACUUGCAACGACCACCCUUGUCCUCCACGAUGGAACCACUCGGAGUUCUCACAGUGUUCCAAGGCCUGUGGUAUUGGGAUACAAACAAGAGAUGUCAACUGUAUCCACGAGGUUACUAGAGGAGGAGGCAACACCAUCAUUGUCCCUAACAAUAUGUGUCCCCAGCCUCCCCCUCCUGAUAGGCAAUACUGCAACGUGCUGGACUGCCCUGUCAAGUGGCACACUUCGGAUUGGACCAAGUGCUCCAAGAGUUGUGGAGGGGGUAUCAAGACUCGAGUUGUGGAGUGUAAGCAGGUCAUGGCGCAGAACCACGUGGUGUCUCGGCCCGAGAGUCAAUGUCCCUCUGUGAAGCCUCAGGAUCGCCGACCUUGCAACACUAAACAGUGUCCCAGCGAGGAGCAGAACCCUACCAUAGCUGUGGCCAACAUCACCUACAUCCAGCACAAUGCUAGUAAGAAGAAGGUCAACCUGAAGAUUGGAGGUCAGGCUCAGGUCUUCUACGGGACACAAGUGAAGAUCAAGUGUCCCGUGAAGAAAUUUAACAGGACAAGGAUACAAUGGGCGAAAGACCACAAAGUGAUUGGAAAUAACAAAAAAUAUAGAAUAUCAAAAAAAGGUGCUUUGAGGAUAGCAGAUGUCACUUACGUUGACAGCGGAGUUUAUACUUGUAUAGCGGGAAGAUCUUCAGCGGACGUAGCUAUCACUGUCAAACCUCGGCCCGGAGUGUUUCCAAGUUCUGAGGAGAUAGAGAGACAACAUCACAAUCAGCUGGAUCCAGCGAUGCAACCCAACGGUGAGAUGCCUGGUCGGCCAUUUCUAGGUCCAGGGGAUGACAUGAGUCACGAGAUUCGACCUGGAGAUAACCUCCACUUGGUCACCAAGAAGCCCCCCAGAGCUACCCCUCCUCCCUACCCCCCGCCUGACACCAACCUACACACCAAUACCAACUUGUGGCCCCAACACCAUUCUGGGACUACGACCAACUCACAGUUUGAUCAGGAUGGACUUCCAAAUGUCCCUUCGGAAGAUCCUCUUUCUUCCCUCGAACCGUCUCUUUCGUCCGCCGGGUCGCGCCCCAUGCCCCACUUCCAACAACUUCUAGCCAAUCUGCAGACCCUUUGGCCGUUCCAGACGUUUGGGAACUCCCGGGGCCAUCGGAUGGUGAUGGAAGAAGCCCCUCCUCCGCCUCCCCUCGUCACAACAACGGACUUCGGAGGGGAAACGUCAACGACGGAGGACUCGUCUAUUGUUGUCCUCGGAAAAGGAAGUCCUGAAAAUGUGAAGUUCGACUGGUUGAUAAGUGAAUGGUCUGCAUGCUCCCAAACCUGUGGAGGAAAUGGAUUCCAGAUAAGGAAAGCACACUGCAUGGUGCGACUGCACAACGCAACACAAGAUGUAGACAGCAACCUAUGUGUGGAUGCUGGGCUAGAGACCCCCAUCACUGUACAGAAGUGUGGGGCUGAACCGUGCCCCCGCUGGGUAGCAGAGGAGUGGAGCUCCUGCCAUGAGUCUCGCUGCUUCACCUGGGACACUGCAAUGCAAAAGCGGGACAUCACUUGUAGAACGUCAAACAACACUGAGGUAGAUUCAAAACACUGCAUAGACGUGGAGAGGCCGAUCCAGAGGAAAGAGUGCUACAAUGAUAAAUGCAAAGGGACUUGGAAAGUCGGAGAGUGGUCAGAGUGUGCGGCACCGUGCGAGCAGCAAGGUGUCAAGUACCGGAUUCUGCAGUGCGUCUGGUACGGUACCAAAAAACCAGCUGGCAACGCUUGUAGAGAUCAGCCUAGACCCUCUGUCAUGAAGAUAUGUAAAGGUCCUCCAUGCUCAUCAGCAGGCGAGUGCAAGGACCAGUCCAAGUAUUGUGAGAAUGUUCGGGUAAUGAACAUGUGUCGUAUGCAGAGGUACCAGACCCAAUGUUGCCAAUCUUGCAGAAACAACAAUUGAGACUAGUGCUCCGUAGAACUGCACACUUCUCGUAACCGUCCACUAUAUGCAGAGAAAACACGGGUACAAACAAUUCUAAAAUAUUAACAAUGUAGGUUAAAAAAUGAAGUUUUAUGCUUCAAAAAUACAUGAACAAUGAAAUUAUUCUCUGUUCAAUGAGUUCCAAAUCUUUUAAUGUAAAUGAUGUUUAAGCAUGAGCAACGUAAAUAGGAUGUAAAACUUAAAUUGUUUUGAAUUGAAAACUUAGAAAAAAACUCUGAAAAAUUUAUUUACCGUACUUUUUUUCCACUUUUGCAUCCAAGAGUUUGAUAUCAACUGUUUUACCCAAUCUUAAAAACUUGUAUGGAAAAUAUUAAGCCUUAAAGGAAUAUUCCAAACAAAAUUCAUUGCGAAAUCUAAUGUAAAUAACCCAAAUUGAUUAAAAUUAAACUAUAAAAAAAUAUCUUUUUCGGUCACAAUAUUUUGUUUUUUAUAUUUUUUU